GCUUGUGUAAUGCUAGCAAGCAAAGUUAGCUUUUGUUGUUGUUGUCAAAAUGACGUUUGAUGGCUAUGUUGUCCAAAUAGUGGAGCAAUAUCUCAGUCGUAUUUAGACGAGGGCUCUAAGUGUCUCUUAACAAGAGCUGACUAAAUUGUAGCUAUGAGACCUAGAAUCUACGUUAAAUGGCACAGGGCCUUUGUCUUGCUGCUUUUUGUUUGCCAGUAUUCAAUAGACCUUCUGUACUAAACCUGGCCUGGUUGUAUCAGAUUUCAACCUUGCGCUACUUGGUCAUCCCUACAGAGUCGGCUUUGAAAGUAGUUGAAUCUUGUGGCAGACGGUCACUUUCUUUCCCUACAUCAUCAUCAACAGCACAGUGGGGCCACGACAGCCCCCCUUUUAUCCUGAUCUGAAUAUAUCUCCUCUGGCACUUUUGGUAAAUUUGGACUUUUAAAUGCUUGAAAUCAAAGUUGGGUAGAGUAGCCAAAAAUUGUACUCCAGUAAGUGUAAAAUGUAGUCCUAAUAAUAGUUAAAUAAGAGUCAUUACUUUGUGGGAAAAAAAAUGUCAAAAUACUGCGUAACUGCUGAUUAAUUUCAGAUUAUUAUUAUUUUUUAAUUUGUGCAUGAAUGGCAAAUAGAUAAAAUACAAAAUCGGAAUGUGCAACUUCAGAUACUGCCCUGUAAUAUCACCAGUGCUGCAACAAAUGAUUAUUUUAGUUGUUGAUUAAUCUGUUGCUUAUUUUCUUAUUAAAUGAUGAAUCAGAUUAAAACAAAUCUCAUCCCUUUAUUCUAAAAGAGGACAUCGUUUGAAAUUGACAGUGCCGAAAAUGCACAAGCAUUUAUGAUUUAGUGAAAAUGUUGAUAAUUGUUUUCCAAAGGAAAAAAUGUUCGCAAAUUUAUUUACUUAUUUUGAUGCAACACAAGGAUAAUCAGUCUACUUUAUAAUUAUGAUAAAUAUAAUUAUCAGUAUUUACUGCUUUAGUAUUAUAAUAAUAAAUAUAAUCAUUAACAUUUACUGUUGAGAGGCUGAAAUUCCGAGGAUCUGGACAAUUUUAUGUUAAACAAAGUUUCUACGAAAAAAGUGUAUCGUAUUUCUCCUUUAAUAGAAGGCAACGGCUAGCUCAGUGCAGUGGAGCCUGCUGUUAUUUCCUCGUUUUUGUUCGGUCUCAAUGUGUGUGCGAGCUCCAUACAGUCCAAGUGAAAGUGAUGACUCAUUACAAACGUCACGUGCUCGUACCAUUGAACGCCAUAUAACGCCGGACACUACGAUAGGCACACAAUACAGGAGCUGAAUCACCAAUUCUCCCUUUACAAAGCUAUCAAUGGUCAUGGAGGGAGCAUUCCAUACAAACAUGUUCCCUUUAAUUGAUAUGGACUGAAUUAUAUUGCUUAUAUUGUAGUGAUCAACUAGACCCUUUCCGAUGUCACAGGGUGGCAACCGUCAGACAAAAUGGCCACAACGACAGAGAGCGUGUCCAAUGGAGAAGGGCCUGUGAACGAGGAGAAAGGAGACACCCUCAGGCCCGAUGAUUUAUCUGAGAUGUUGGCUGCUGGUACCAAAGAUGUUCAUGAAAAGGCUGAGAAUACACAAUUUGUAAAGGACUUCCUCAGGGGGCGAAUCCGCAAAGAGCUCUUCAAGCUGGGUGCCGUAGCUCUGUACUUCACCUACACCGCCAUGGAGGAGGAAAUCGAAAUAAACAAGGACCACCCCCAUUUCGCCCCGCUUUAUUUUCCGUCGGAGCUGCACCGCCACGAGGCGCUGGGCCGUGACCUCGAAUACUUCUACGGCCCAGAAUGGAAGAGCCAGAUCAGCUGCUCCCCGGCCACCCAACGCUACGUGGACCGCAUCCACCAAGUGGGCCGGGAUGACCCGGCGUUGCUGGUGGCCCACGCCUACACCCGCUACAUGGGUGACCUGUCGGGGGGUCAGGUGCUGAAGAAGGUGGCGCAGAGAGCCCUGAAGCUCCCCCCCACUGGAGAGGGCCUGGAGUUCUACCAGUUCGACGCCAUCGACAGCGCCAAGGCCUUCAAGCAGCUUUACCGCAGCCGCAUGAACGAGCUGGAACUCGACGCGGAGACCAAGAAGAGCCUGGUGGACGAGGCCAUUAAGGCCUUCCAGUUCAACAUGGAGGUUUUCGAGGAGCUGGAGGAAAUCGGGAAAACCUUCCAGGAGGAGGUUUCUGAAGCUGGAAUGCCCAUUCAUGGAGACACGGGAGGUGACAUCAGCAAAUGCCCCUAUUACGCUGCCAAAAUGGCAACGACGGGUGGGACGGCGUACGCAUGCCAGCUGGCCAUGGCCGUUCUGCGUCACCCCACCGGGCAGGUCCUCAUCGCCACGUGGUUCGCCGCCUUAGCCGGCCUGGCCGCCUGGUGGAUUCUCUGGUCUGUCUGGAUGCCAGCUGGGAUCUGAUCCGAGGACCAAAGCAACAUUCUUCUCAUCAAAGGCAAAUGCAUGCCCAUUUAUGUGGGCAUGAUGCGUUUUUAAAUUUUUUCUGUACUUACAGCUAAAUUGAGCGUUUCGUAGAGGCCUUGCGCCCUGGCCGUGCCGCCCAGGAUGGCUUGAGCCACGGAGACGUAAAGGUCCGAGUGGAUGUCGGCGCCGUCCCGCCUGAACACUGGACUCUUCUGGACCUGAAACCACCAACCAAACAGCACAUUAACACAAGCAUUCGCACAGUCUGGCCAUCUUCCACUCCUGAAGGACAACACGUUGAACAGUCCCGCGGCAGGUGUGACACGGGUUGGAAACGACCGUUCCCUUGCCGCCACAGCGUCGACACGUGGAGCGCAUCACGAACGGGCCGGUGUUCACCGUCUCCUGCAAAGAACAAGAGUUACACGUUACAUAUGGUAACAAGCUUUUAGGCAUGAAAGGAAGCAAAGCGCGCGCUAGAUGAUGGUAUUACCAUGCCGCAGCCGUUGCAGUGGUGGCAGUGCUGGACCUUUGUGCCUGGCUCGUGGCCCUUCCCUCCACAGCGCUGGCAGGCUGCUUCUGUGUUAAUCGAGAUCUCCUUGUUGACUCCUUUCGCUGCCUGAGUGAACGUCAACUCCAUAAUGUACU